UCACAUGUCUUCAGGGAGCAAUUCCUACUACUCCGAGUGCUUUGGAAAGUCAAUGCCAUCUCUAGAUUACCGUCUUUCCUCGACUUGAACCAUUGGCUGCCAAAAGCCAGCGAGAAGUUGGAGAAUCUUCCCUCAUGGAAGAAAUACUGCCAAAGUUUCACGGGCUCGAUCCCCGAAGGGACAUUUGCACCAGCCCGUCAUUAUCAACUGGAAGUUUCUAAAACAAAACAGGAUUAUAUUACCGGCAGUGUUGUCUUCACUCCCAAAGUUCACAUGACUCGUUCCAAGACGCAAGCCGCACAGCCUUCGAUCCGCCAACCGGACUUUACCGCCGCGACUCCUCCUCCGAAGCCCAUCCAGGGUUUCGAAACACCCCGCGUUGAUGACGAGGAAGAUACGAGUUACCUAGGUUCUUCGUCGCUGCCUCCAUCUCGCUACAGUACUGUCAGCCCCGAUGAUGAAUUCAUGUACCCCCCAACGAAAGAUGAGCAGAUUGUAAAUACAGCUCUCCUGGUCUUUCUUGAUUCUAUCACACUCCACUUCGACCUUUCUGUUGGCUGGUCUCCGCACCGAAAGCCUUUGACGGCGGAAUUUACCAACGCAAAUUUCCAAGCAAGGACGGACGGCUACCUUGCCGAUCGCAGUGAGGAUAUCAAGGCUAUCAUAGAAGUUAAGCCGGUACUCAGGCAGACAAAAGAACCGCAGAUUCGCAUACAAGAGAGUCAUCAGAUGGUGGCUGGCUUACUGGAAGACUACAAGUCAUCAGUCCCCGCAUGUCGGAAGAAGCCUCGUACUAUUAUAUCACAAGAUAGGCAGGAGAUCUAUAUCUCUGUCGCUAAGUACAGCAAUGAUUACAUCAACUAUCUCCAGACCGGGGAUAUGAGCAGCGAUCCUUUCAUGGUGAUGCAUCAAUUUGGUCCCUGGAACAUUAACGAUGCCUCUGCCAUGUCCAAACUAGGCCCAAUUCUUCUAGCGAUCAGCCUUAGUGCCCAGCAUUACUAGAUGGAAAAGCGCCUUCUUGAUAGUUGUCCUGCUUCUUGCUUUUUGUAUUUAUCCUUUUGAUCCGCUAGUACUAGUAUGAGGAAAGGAGGUACCACUUGGCUACAA